GAUUACCUUCUAUCAGGCUUCAACUGCAUGGGUGGACUGCAACUGAGUGAUCAUACAAAAAUUACAGCUAUCUUUUGAGUUUGAAUACCAUCUUCUCUAAGAGGUUUCUAUAUUUUCUAUAUAGUUGCCCAGAAGAGGAACGAGGCCCUGCUUUGAGCUGGGAAGUAGAACAGCGUGAUGUCUUUAGUCUAUCUUCACUCUGUUACUUCUAAACCUUCCAUAGGAUGAGCCUACCACCUGUUGAUUGUCAGUUCACCAGUUCUUAUACCAAUGAGCAACCACUUCUUCCAACAGUUCGUACAAAUGCUGUCACCCAGGUGCCUCCAGCCAAGAAAAUAACGUUCUACAAAAGUGGGGACCCACAGUUUGCAGGAAUCAAGAUGGCCAUCAAUCAACGCAGUUUCAAAAGUUUCAAUGCUCUCAUGGAUGACCUCUCCCACAAGAUCCCCUUGCCUUUUGGGGUGCGGGCCAUCACAACCCCACGGGGGAUACAUUUCAUCAGCACACUGGAUCAGCUGGAGGAUGGAGGAUGCUAUCUUUGUUCAGAUAAGAAAUAUGUCACACCUCUUAACCCUGGUGUUGCCAACCGGAAGUUGGGUCCCCAAAAGGUUAAACAGACAGCCAGUGUUCUCAAGAGAGUAGUUCAAGAUAUCAAACAAGAAGAUUACUCAAUGGCUUUCACCCAACAGAGUCCAAGGAUACCCAAGAAAAUCACUCUGAUCAAAAAUGGAGAUAUUACAACACAGUUGCCAAUUAUCCUGAACCGUCGAAAUGCACAAAGCUUCAAAGUUCUCUUGGAUGAAAUUUCAGAAAUUAUGCAGUUCACAGUGAGGAAGCUCUACACAAUAGAUGGGAAAAGGAUUGACAGCAUGCAAGGUCUGCUGCUUUGCCCAAAUGUGCUCAUCUGCGUUGGCCAAGAACCCUUCAAGCCAAUCCUAAUGCAAAAUCCAAAGAAGCACUCUUUGGAGAAAUUACCUGGUCUAGCUUCCCACUCCAACAGUAACACCUUAGGCAAAAAGAAUGAAAUGGAUUUUGGACUGAAAGCCAAAAAAAGUGUGAUUCACCCAAGAUCAUCUUUGAGCAACCGGUCCAUGAGGUUUUCGCUGUCAUCUGAAAAAUCUUACAUGAAUGGUCCAGCAACAUCACCAGAAAAUGGAAUCUCCUCUUCAAACAAUUGUCCUAAAGGAGAGGGUUUGGCCCCUUCCUUAGUCAAUGAUGAUAUAGAAAAGAAAGUAUAUAUGAAUAAAGACGGCAGUCUAUCAGUUGAAAUGAAAGUCUGCUUUCAUCUGCUCUCUGACGAGACUCUUCAAUGGUCCACACAAAUCAAGAAGUCCAGCUUGAUGAAUCAGACACUCUGUGAAGAAUCAGAUGUCAUGGAAGAUAAUCAAAGUGAGCCAAGAGAGAAAAUUAACCAAGAGACUAGUUUUGAAAUGGAAGACUCAUUAUAUCCUUGUGAUGCUGACUCUUACAUUUCAAAUCUCGAUGAAUCUGAAAAUGAGGUGUCUUAUUGCCAUUGUUGCAGUAAGUCACACAGCAACUAUGAUAUUUGGAAGAACCCCAUGCAUGCUUCUCAAAAAGAAGAGCCAGGAGGAACAAACACUUGGUACACACACUCUUCUUGCUCAAGCACUUCAUCACACCAGAGAAUUGUCCAUAAAAAGAGAACCUCCAUUGAGACUAUCCAUACUUCAUCAGAUGAAAGAAAACAUUCUGAACACCUCAUACAAGAGACUUCAGAUUUCUCAGACACUCUAGGGAAUAAAAGGGAGAACAAUAGAAUUAAAAAAUGCUUCUGUCAAGAUCACUAUAUGCAAACAAGCAAAAGCCAAAAAGAGUUAUCAGAGAAAACGGAUGAUGUAGCUAGCCUGACCAUUUCAGAAAAUGAACAUGGUUCCAUAGUGAAGAAAGAAAGAAAUGAAAGUAGAAGAAGUAGAGCUAGGAGUAGCAAAUCAAAAUGUCAAUAUUCUAUAGAAAGCCAGAUAAACGUGUUAGAGGAAACAAGUAGUGCGGUAAGGACAAUUUCAUCCUGUAGCAUUAAGGAAAGAGAAGAAGUUAUUGGCUGUUCUUCUCCAAGUAGUGCCUGUAGCAAAUCCAGUAAAUGUAGUACAUUUGGAACAAAAGACAAGGUAGAAAAGAUUUCAGAUAAUGAUCACAUACCAUCAUAUAAUAAAAUAUCAUCAUUUUCAAGUGAUGAUUGCCCCCCUAAAAUUGACACACAAGUAGAGGUUGAAAAGGAAGAUGAGGACAAUGAAAUAAAUUCAGUUUCAGAAAAGAUGGUGUCCAAUAGUCUUAUCAAGGGUGAAGUCAAUAGAUGUAACAAAAGGUCUAAGACCAAAGUCUCCCAGUCCAAAGUUUGUAAUGAAGAAGAUAGAAGUGAUAGCAGUGAAAUGGAUAUCCAUAGUGCUGCUGUAUCUGCCUCCAGAAUCUUCAAUAGAAGCAAGUGCAACCAAUAUGACUCAAAAGGAGAUUCCAAAGUAUCUAGUGGGUCAAGUAGAGAAUCCACUAUCAAGAGAAAGAAAACCAAAGGACCUUUACAUGUGGAGGAUGGAAGAUCAAGCAGCGGGACAACCUAUUCUUCAGAAAAUUCAAAUGAAGUAGAGAAAAGAGACAAAGGGGAUCAAUUAUCUCAUGAUUCUUCUCAUUCAAAUGUGUCAUCUUUAAGUGAAGCAGCUGCCACCACUGAGGAAAAUGCCAGCAGGAUAUCUAAAUGCUACAGUAAGUCCUCCAGAAGUAGUCAUAAAAGGACCCAGAGAGAAGAUACUGAGGUAUCAUCCUCUAUUUCCAAUGUUUUAGAAUCUGAUGGGAAAAAUGGGGCCAAUACUGCCAAAAAUAGUACUCAGGAAAACAUUUCCAGGGAAGAAAGUAGCUCAGAAUCGAUGUGCUCCAAAUGUGGCCACAUAGCAGAAACCAGAAACAACAAUCUUCAGUGUGCUAGUUCAAACAACUUGUUACAUUCUGAUGCUAAGAGCACUUGUUCGGAGAUGCAAGCCUCAGAGAAUAAUGAUGUCAGCUCGCAAUCAAGCAUAGCGCAAUCUUCAAAACCAAGACAAAAAAAGAGAAGCAAUGCUAGUGUGAAAUAUUGUAGCCAGGGUUCAGAAAAAGCAUCUACAACCCAGUUCAGUUUCCACUCCCCUGUCCCCCCAAAAGGGAGACCCAGCAGCAAGAACAGUCGGUCUCUCCUGAAGAACAUCAAGAGUGCCUCUGCGAGCAAUGAAUCGGAGCCGACUGCAGAUGAACUGCAAAAAGAAAUGGCUGGUUCACAGUUGCCUGAAAUGGACACAGCAAAUGAGGCAGAGGAAAAGGAAGGCUCUGGGCAUGAGAAAAAGCAAAUAGAGGAAGAGACAGUGAUCCAAACAGAAACUUGUGACCAAAUCAUCCCAUCUUCACUUCCCAAUGCCUCUCCAGAAGAAGUUGUGCAUGAGUGGCUGAGAAAGAUUCCUUCAGAAUCUCUGCUGAUGAAAUGUGAGAUGGAAAAAGAUGAGGAGACAAUUGAAUUGCAUGCUGAAAUUCCCAACUGUUCAAACAACCAGGAUUCAUUGGAAAAGGAAUGUAGUGAGAAGGAAGGUGCAGAAGAUUGUGAACACCUAGCAGAAAAGGAUUGUCCCCAGGACCAGAAGGCUUCAGAAAUUAUAUCAGAAGAAGCUGAAACUAACCAAGGAGAGUGCCAGCAUUCUGACAUCCCCAGCCAAAACAACCACAAAAAAGACUUGCCCAACACCAUUCAAAUCUCUGUGCAGAUUAUGAAAGCGCUGCUGGCUUCCAAACACGAAACAAAAUUGGGACGUUCCUAUAGUUUGCCUGAAAUGUCUCCUACAUUAGGAAAAAACCUCAGCAACUCAGCCAAUAUUUUGAUACAAUGCCUUGCUACUCUACAGCUCCUUGAUGAAGAAUUGGAUCCAUCCAAUAAACAAAAUAAAUGCGUGAAUUGGUUCAGAUACAAAGAACUCUUAAACAUUUUCCAGGCAGUGUGGUUUGGAAACAUACUUGAAAACGGGGACCCAAAUUUAGGGCUGCAAGGAAAAGGCCAGAUAAAAACAUCCUCGAGUUUCAAGGACCCUAAUUCAAAAGAUGGGGACUUUACAACAAUGACCUCUUCGGGGAUUGAUUUAAGUAGCGGUGACGGAGGUUCAGGAGAAGAAUGUGCCCAUGAUUGUGCCUUGUUAAAAGAGAAAAGAGAUAAAGCCAAAUUCCCCGAAGAAGGAAAGCCAGAGCAGGAAGAUGGUAAUGAGGAAGAGCCAGAGGAACAUUCUCAGCCACUUUGUUCAAAACUAGAAAGUGAAAGUGAAGCAGAACUUGCUGGAGUUCAGGAGGCAAUAGAAGCAGAGGAAGACCAGGAUCAUGAGAACAAUAUUGAAUUGGACACAAAUAGUAUACACGAUGAUCAAAAUGUGGAUGAUGCAGAGAAUGACUCUAAUGAAGAGAAUAUCCUGAUGGAGGCUCAGACAGACACCAUGGCCAAAGAAGUAGAAAAAAAUCCCAGCAAAGAGGCAGGCAACAAUGAGACAGAACCUGACUCAAGUGUCAAUGAGGGUAUUGAUGAGAAAGAGGCCAAGAUCAAUUCAGAAAACCAGUCUGUGACUAAAGAUGAUACAGAAUCUAGUAACGUAUCUCAUCAAAGCACAGUGAAAGUUUCUCCAAUGAUCCAACAAAGAUCCGGCAGCCAGGACCCAGUUUGGGUGCUAAAACUUCUGAAGAAGAUCGAGAAGGAAUUCAUGACACACUAUGUCAGUGCCAUGAAUGAGUUCAAAGUGAAAUGGAACCUGACAAACAAUGAAGAGCUGGAUUUGAUGAUUGCAGAAUUGAAAGAAGAAGUGAGCAGAAGGAUACAAAAGAGUGUGGAGGAAGAACUAAAUAAAAUCAAAAGCAGAACAGGCAAGAAGAUUCCAAAACCUCCAGAAAAUGAAUUAAGACAAGAACCUACUCCAGAACUAGAAAGCCGGAGGCGCCGUUUAACAAGUAUGUUAUCACGCAAUUAUAUCAAUGACCAGAGCACAAAUUCAAAUAAGCAACUGGAGUCAGGGGACAUUGACGAAGAUGUCUUCUUUUAUAAUACAAUUCAAGGAGAUGAAACUUAUGACGAUCAGCUAAAAGGUGAAGAGUAUUGCCCCUGUGAUGAGUGUAUGAGGAAAAAAAUGGUGGUCAAGACUGCACAACGUACAGCUGAAGUGAUGGCUAAGGCUCCAAACCCAGUUUUGAAGGCUUUUGAUCUACAAGAAAUCCUGAGGAUGAAGAACACCAGUUUUGCUCAUAGGAAGACAGAAUGUGAUAUUAGUGAAGCAGAGCAGGAAGAAGAAGAAGCUGAACAAGAAGUAAAGAAAUCUGUGGAAAGUGAUGGGGAGGAGGAAUCAAAAUGUGAGGAGGAGCAGGAGGUGGAACAAGAGGAGCAGGAAGAGGACCAGGAAGAGGGGCAGGAGGAACAGGAAGAGGAGAAGGAGGAGGGGCAGGAAGAGGAGCAGGAGGAAGAGCAGGAAGAGAAGCAGGAGGAGGGGCAGCAGGAGGAGGAGGAACAGAAAGAGGACCAGGAGGACCAGGAGGGACAGGAGGAGGAGCAGGAAGAGAAGCAGGAGGAGGGGGAGGAGGAGGAGGAGGAACAGAAAGAGGACCAGGAGGAGGACCAGGAGGACCAGGAGGAGGGACAGGAGGAGGAGCAGGAAGAG